ACUGACCAGCAGAGACAGGAAGUUGCUGGGAAGAUUUAUCAACAUAAUAUGAAAAACUCAUUUAAGGUCCUAUGUUAAAGGUAAUCACCCAUCUGACACUAAUUCUAAAGAGGCUAUGUAAUGAUCAAAAAAAAUCAAUUGAGAAAUAUCAACGUAUUUGAUUUUCAUGGACGUCAACGAUACAAAAGAAUCGCUAUCAAGCGAGAUCCAUUUGACAAACAAAAGUUCUGAUGACGAAUAUCAUUGCAAUCAACAUGCCUUAACGGGAGAGUUGGGACUUAUUGUCCAAGCAUUAUUGGCGUUCAUUGCUUUUUCAGCAUUAAUAAUUAAAAGAUUCUGUGAGCCGAAGGAACAUCGAAGAUCAUGGUUAAUAUGGUUUUUUGAUACAUCCAAGCAAGGGAUCGGUGCUGCUGUGAUUCAUUUUGCCAAUGUUUUUCUGGCUUCCAUGUUCAAAGGUGAUCCUUGCACAUGGUAUUUUAUUAGUUUUCUCUUAGAUUCUUCCAUUGGUCUGCUAAUCAUAUGGAUCGGCUUAAAGAUAUCAAAUUAUUGGGCUACUUGGAAAGGUUAUGACUUAUUACAUUUUGGUGAAUAUGGUACACCUCCAAAGAUACAAGCUUGGAUAGGUCAAUCCGGCUUAUACAUACUUGUAAUGUUAGUAGAGAAAUUUCUCGUAACACUACUUGUCCUACCUCACUUUUGGAAAAAAGUUAGAGAAGUUCUGACGUCACCUAUUUCAAAUCCCAAAUUGGAAUUAGUGAUAGUCAUGUUCAUAGUUCCAUUUAUCGUCAACGCAUUUGUGUUUUGGGUGGUAGACAAUUUUCUAAAACGCCAUAUCAAAUUAUCUAAUUCCAUUCCUUCCACACCAACUUCAAGAUAUGUUCGAGCUAAACAGAAAGAUGAUUCCGAUUCCGAAAUAUUGCUCACUGCGGAAGAGGAGGAAGAUAUUAUUAUCGAAGGUAGAAACGAAUCUUAUAGGUUAUUGAAUUCAACUAGAUCUUGACUGUGAUAUUUAUUACUCCGGCGUGGCUUCUAUUGUUCUGCAUUUUAUAGGAUAAUUUAGAAUCUUAUUUUAUUUUAUCUUCUUCGGUUGCUGUUUACGCACUUGAAUCUAACUAUUGUCAAAUAAUAGAUGAUAUACUGACAACCGAAAGUAUAUAAGUAAUGAAAUCUUAAAGAUAAAGCAUCUCAAUAAAACUGAAGAAAAUCUUUCUUCUUCAAGACUCUCAGGAGUGUUUUAUGUCAUUUAUUCAAUAUUUUUAAUCGAUUUAUUAAAGAAGAACAUAAAAGUGAAUCUUUACUUAUUAAACAUUAUGUAUAUACCUUUUAUCUAAGUACAUAAUAACAAUAAAAUUGUAAAUUCGUAUAAAAAUAUGUUAUCAG